CGUACCUUCUGGACGCCCUCAGCUUAUAGGAGGGACCUUGAGGUACAGACCUGGUGUGGGGCCACGUGAAAGGGAAAAAGGAGAAACUCAAGAAGGAAGAGAAGUCGAUUUCACGGCCGGCGGAUACAGUCCGUGGUGACCAGCAGGGCGGGGGCGCGCCGGACAGCAUGUCGUACCUGCUGCCGCACUUGCGAACAGGGUGGGCUGUGGACCAAGCCAUCAUCAACGAGGAGGAGAGAGUGGUGUGCCUGAGGUUCGGGCACGACCAUGACGUGACAUGCAUGCAGAUGGAUGAGGUCCUUGCGGGCAUUGCGGAGGACGUCAAAAACUUUUGCGCCAUCUACGUCGUUGACGUUUCGGAGGUGCCGGACUUCAACGACAUGUACGAGCUCUACGACCCUUGCACCGUGAUGUUCUUCUUCCGCAACAAGCACAUCAUGAUCGAUCUCGGCACGGGGAACAACAACAAGAUCUCGUGGGCGUUCAACAACAAGCAGGAGAUGAUCGACAUUAUGGAGGUCGUGUACAGGGGAGCUCGAAAGGGCAGAGGUCUGGUCGUCUCACCGAAGGACUACUCGACGAAGUACAAAUACUGACCGCGGCACCACGCCCUCGUUUCCCCUUCGUUGUCGAAGCUGUCAGCAGGCCGAAGUGGGAGAUGGAAAGUUGGGAAGGUUGGUCUUGUCUGUCUGGUUAGUGUUUGCUGUCGAAUAUUGUUUUCGCUGCAAGGCUGGAGGCUGUAUAUAAGCAGCGGCUGCUUUUGUCGAUAGUGUUUGGCGUGCCUUUAUUAUGGGAGCCAAGAAAGUUCUCGUGUUUUUUGCAGGCGUGGUGGAUCCCCCCGUCGUACGUCUGGUAAUUUUUGUCGGUUUCAAUGAUUUCAGCGCCUGUAAUCGGUUUAGGCGUUGACGGUGUGGCUGACUACUACAGUACUCAGGAUGUAGAGGAACUCGCAAUCGUUCUGCUGGGCAUCUUCCACCUUAGGGUACGACGGACCGUGCCUUGUACGAGUUGAAGGGCGUGGGCGUGGGUUGGAGGCCUUCAGCGUCCGGCUUGUGACUUGCUAUGACUUGCGCCCGUUGUCGACUUAGUUCGUGAUAUGUUUGAUGUUCGCAUGAUGGGCGGGGGGAGUCAGGCGGUUGUACAGCAACUACGUAUUUGUGUAAAACGGUUGUAGCAUGGCGGCCGUGGGGGGGACUUCGCCGAAUGGAGCCGCGAGACGUCGUACCCCGCAAGGUUUCAGAUUCCUGACCCUCACGUCAGACUGUACUGCAGAUGGCCACAGCGUUUUUUGUGAAGCGUGUGUUUGCGCGCGGGGAGCUAGCCCGCGCCCGCUUGUCGCCCCGCCCCUCUGUACAUCCUGAGGACGGUCUCAGUUGUUACCUGGUUGUGGUUUGGCUGUGGUGUGUGUACCCACGGGCGUUAUCUGAAGCCCUGCGUAUGCCAAGUACCGUACACCCUCAGCUACCGGUAUUUCUCUGAUGUGACGUGCCCUAAUCGUGCGCAUGAGUCAACCAAGAAGCAAACCAUUACAAAUACGGCCGCCAAGACGCGUCAAGUAAGUUCGUUCGGUCAAAGAUUCUGGUGGUUCGGUCGAGAGUGCUCGAACCGCGCUCCCUCGAGCUCUCGACGCCUUUCACAUACGCAAUCAUACACUCCAAGGGAUCGACUAAUGGAUCCUUCCCGCGGAAAAAUCGACCUCAUGCUGUACAGUGGAGUUGUCCUCUGUGACACCGGAUCGAACAAUAGCGGCUGACAUACAUUAGGUGGAACGAACGCAUAUGGAGUGAAUGCUACUAGUGUUCAACUCUUCUUGCUAUGCACUACAUAGAAGAGUUUGAAGGCGCGUAAUGGCUGCUCAAAGUAUGCGCGUUGGUGCUUUGACGUGCCGCAGAACCCCUCGGUCUAGAAGUCGAUGUCGUGGAAAACUCUCCGCGCCCUCAUCCAGAGCCCAAUCUUGGACAAAACUACUGUACUCCCUUGAUUCGAAUGGCGGGGGCACUUUCAUCGUGACGAUACGGUUUUUGCUGGUGAGGUCGCAACUGCCGGAACGCGUUUUGGUACAAGGGUCAUGUAAUCGGUGUGUUCUUGCUGUCGAUGGUUGGACAGCAGUUAGUUUGGUUGUGUUGCUCUUGCUUGUUCGAGCGUUCAGCUUCCGAUUUCCCGUGCCACUCUUCGUCUUUGCCCUCUGGAGUCACUUGCAGCCGCUGCAUGUUCACUUGAUGUUCCUUCGCCUGUUUGCGCCUAGCCGCCGACGCUUCGGUGGCUCUCCUGCCCCUGCUGGUACUGGCAUCUGUUGGGGCCGACUUGUGCAGGAUGCGCCUCUCUUCCGAAAUCUUGCGUGAGAUCUGCUUGUUGUCAUCGUCCGGCCGUUUUCAGAUGGUUAGUACACGGCGUGGCAGUGCGACAUGGAUGGUUCAAGUGUACAUAGUGGGUUGUUGAUGAACCCUCCGGUUACCGUUGGGCAGGAUAAGGUUUUCCGAGCUCGUUGUGUCUCACAUCCUGUAUUCUCAGCGCCUGGAUCUUCAACCCGCGGGCGACCGCCAGGUCGUACGGCGUCUGCAGUCGUUUGGUAAGGAUCGUCCACCUCGCGCCAGCCCGCAGAAGCACCUCGGCAACUUGCUCGUGCCCGCUGUUCGAGAACACAUGUUAACCAGAUGAUACUGAAUGAGGACACAUUUCGCCUAGCCCGAUAAACCCGACGUCUUCAGUGCACUAAACAUCAGCACGUUCGUUUACUAGUACAGGGUCUUAGGAUAUUACCACAAUGGGCAGUUAGGUUUCAGCCUGCGGCACGAAUGCACGACUUCUGCAUAGUCGGGGCAUUGCGAAUGGCGCGUCGAUUGACCUGUGGCUACAGUCUAUAUGGUACUUUGAAGGUUUGGUUAGUACGGCCUUGAUAUAUGCAAUGUGAACGCUACACAACCUUGGAUAUAGCGUGUAAACAUGACGUGGUCCCUGCAAAAGAACGGAACACCUCUCUCCAGUUCCGUGACCCGCUUCAGCUCUUCAAACCGAUAAUGUUUGUGGUGUUGACCACCGUGGCGUGCUACGUGUGGAAGGAAACAGAAGUAGAGCGGGAUUGCCAACACCGCCGACCACCGCUCAAUAACCUACAUCAUUCUUGCUGUUAGAUAUACUCGCAACAGUAUCUGGUCGUGAGGAUCCCAGGGGGAUACGUGUUGGGGAAUUCCGUGUGUUGAAGGGUACCACCGGCGCAGUCACGGGGACCCUUUGGGCGUGGUCGGUGCGAUGAUGAGGAAGGCUUGCGUGCGUGCUGCGCUCUUCUUCCUCUUCUUCUUCUUCUUCCCUCUCUCUCCACCACCACCACCGUCU